AUGAAUGUUCCAAGUUUACUUCCUUUUACAUCCUUACUGAGGGGAUUGCAAACACCACCAUGGCGACCAUGGAUUUUAAGGAAGCAGCAAUUUUCUCGUCCCAGAGUGCCUUUACUUCAGGCAGCAGGAAAGAAGAACUCUUCCAAUCUCCUUGGACUAACUGAGGCUGAAUUAAAAGAACAGUUUGUAAGAGGUGAUGGCCCAGGGGGUCAAGCCACAAAUAAGACAAACAACUGUGUCGUCUUGAAGCAUAUUCCAUCUGGGAUUGUCGUGAAGUGUCAUCAAACAAGAUCAGUGGAGCAGAACCGAAAGAUAGCCAGAGAAAUCCUGCAGGAAAAAGUUGACCUUUUCUACAAAGGUGAAGAUAGUGAUGUUUUUAAAGAGAAGAAAGCAUCAGAGAAGAAGAAACAGGAGAAAAAAAGAAGAGCAAAGGAAAACCUAGAAAGGAAAAAGCACUUCAAAGAGAUGCAGCAAUUGGAUGAGAAAUAA